AUGUAUUACGCAAUUGUUGGGCAAGUCACUGAAGACGAGCUUGCUCUGCUAAUAGAAGUGAAAGGACAGCAUCUCUUGUACGAGGAGAGCACAGAGUUUUGCAAAGUCAAACUUUCCUGUCUGUUUGGGUGGCUUGUACAUAAUCUCAAGCAACUAAAACCCACUCACCAGAAAAGUUCUGCAGCUGAGACUGAAGUUUCUUCUACAAAGCUGAAUCUGCCAAAGGAUACUCUAGCACAAUUUUUACGUAAAUGUCUUCUGGUAUCAUCUUCUGACAACCACCAGCUGAUCUCUUCAGCCCUAAAUCUUGCGAAUAUGAUGGGAAACAGCCCACUGGCUGAGAAGCUCAAUAAGCUGUGCAAGUUAGGUCUAUCAAAUCGAGACACUCAUGAAGAGAACUCUUCCCUCACUAGUUUCGAAAGCUUCCUUUCGCAGCAAGAGGAUUCCAUCCGUCAAGCAGCUGCAAAGCUAGAGAAUAUUAAACUUCACCGAAUGAAGGCCAACUAUGUAAAAACCACAGAUGGAGACAUGGAGAAUCGGAGAAUGUGGGCUGUGGCAAAAUCAUGGAAUCCAUGUCCAAUUGGUAUGUUGCCUCACAGUCUUCGUUCUUCUGGCCAUCUUCCUGUUCUAGACUGCAAUGAUGACUGUAAAAUAGAGAAAUCUUCUGAAAGCAUAGGCCACUGCGAAAUAAACCACUGUAGUGGGAAGAGAGGGGCUGAUUGUGCUAUUGAACUUUUGGAUGAAUCAAGUGUUAAAAAACUGAAGGAAAGUGAAGAGGGUUGUGAAUCGAAUGGUAAGGAAGAUAUGUCACCGGAAGGUGUCAAAGGGCAGUUGCUGGUUGGUGGUGUGUGGAAAAAAGUUACCGAGGAAGAGCUGCUUGCCAUCACUUCAGCCGUGAGGAUUUUAGUUUAGUUGUGAUUACUGUACCAAUUUCUGUCACACUGUGGCCGUCCUUUGUUAAGCUUGGAGAACGAGGCAGUUGCAGAAUUGACUGAAUUGGCAAGGUUAGAUGAUAGUGUAUAAGCUAUUUAUCUUUUCGUUGUUGUCUCAUUAUUUGAUUUCUAUUAGUCUUUUCAUGUAUAAAGCCGGCUAAUCCAGUAUUUAAGUCCUGGAAAUG